CGGCGUGGGCAGUCUCUCCCUCUGUGUCACUGCCUGCGUCAGACGCCAGGAGGGAGUUUUCCACUGACGAAAAAGGCUGCGCUGCCGAGCAGACUGUUUCAGACAAGGGAAACGCUUCAGCUGGUACGGUGUCCAUACAAUAGCGAGACAAAAACCGAAGACUCUGUGCACGGAUAACGCGCGAUCGUGUCGCCUGGAUUACUAUUAUUUCAUCCUCUGAUUUCAUCUAUUGUCACUAAUGGUGAUCGGAUACGUUUAUUCUUGAUCAUCUACCGCUCUAUAAGCGCCAUGAGUGGGGUUUUGAAGAGGAAGUUUAAUGAGGUCGAAGAAGACCAGUGCUACUCCUCGUCCUCCCCGUCCUCCCUCACCUCCUCGGCAGGAUGGGAUUCGGACGGAGAGAGCUGCUUCUCCGACACCCUGGACUCCACCCCUAGCAACCCUAGUUCCCCAGGAACAGCUCUAACCACAACAUCCAUCCUUAAGAAGUCCAAGCGAGCAAGGAGGGGCAAUGUGCAGUUUAACCAGGUGGAGGUUUUCUUCUUCCCGCGGUGCCAAGGCUUCACCAGUGUGCCGAGCCGCGGUGGCUGUUCCUUGGGCAUGAUGCAAAGACACAGCGCCCAGCGCCGCUACACGCUGGCAGAGUUCGCCGUCGAACAGCGCCACUUACGGCGCGAGAAGCUCAAGAACAGGAUGAGGGAGGAGAAGCUGGAUGCCCUCAAGCACAAACUUACGAAGAACGGUACUCAGGAGUCGGAGGAGGCCGAUCAGCUGACGCUGGACGACAUCCCCGAGGACGAGAUCGACCUGAGCGGCGUGAACGUGGACGACGGCUCCUUCCUGCAGCCGUACCCGUCCAAGCGGCGACACACGCUCCUCAAGGCCGCCGGCGUCAAGAAGAUAGACAAAGAGGAGAAGCGCCAGUUGCACGAGCUGCGUCUCUCGCGGGAGAACUGCGGCUGCGACUGCCAGGUGUUCUGCGAGCCGGAGACCUGUAGCUGCAGCCUGGCGGGCAUCAAGUGCCAGAUGGACCACUCGUCUUUUCCCUGCGGCUGCUCAAAGGAUGGCUGCGGGAACAUGGAGGGCCGCAUCGAGUUCAACUCCAGCCGUGUGCAGACACACUACAUCCACACCAUCAUGAAGCUGGAGCUGGAGAAGCGGCUGGAUGAGCACUCGAACCAGGGCGACCAGUCCCCGCCGCCUCAGGAGCGCCACCCGGAGCCUCAUGCCCACCCCUACCAGCAGACGUCGGCGCCGGGCGUUCCCACCAUACCCGACAUACCCACUUUCCACUUCAGCUCAGAGUUGACGUCGGUCGGGGAGAACAGCUGCAGCAGCGACAUGACUGACACGUCGUGCUCGUCAGGCCAGAGCGAGGACUGUGAGGAGAGCCCCGCUGCAGGAGAGCGUUCGCCGCUGGACGUGGACGAGAAUGGACUCACUCGCAUCCUCAGCUUCACCGACACCGACAGCGAGGACGCCAACUGCGGAAAUGGCAACAUCCGCCAUGACCGCAACAAUGACAAUGAAAAUGCCAACUGCCAGAAGAGGACUCAGUUGUCCUUAACGACGGGGUUCAGCAUCUUUGGAACAUGUUUGGAGGACAAUGAUAACUUGUCUGCCACACUCUCUGGCAGGCGCACAGACCUAGACGACAACAGGUCCUCUUCCAUGUCCGAACUCUUAGACGAGAACGCCAACCAGGGCAACGCCCUGUUCCACAGCGGCACGGUCCCCAACACGCCCUCCCCGUCGAUCGAUCACUCGUCCAGCUACAUGGACCUGAGCCUGUCUUCGGAGUCGGACCUGGAGUUCUUCGACGGGUUCCCCUGCCUUGGUCCCAGCUCUCUGUAUAACUCCCUCAAGGAGUACGAACACAUGGACAACUUUUUUCAGUUCCAGUUGCCUAGUUACCCCAGCCUGCCCCAGGGCAGCGACCCAGGGACCUGCCUCCUGGAGUCUCUGAUUGGCUUGUCAGAAUCGGUUCCAGAGCCACCGCCUACUUUCACAGACAAUCAGUUGUUGGAAGAAGCCAUGAAGUUGUCUGUGAUGGAGUCUGUAAAAGUUUAAUGUGGGCCGAGACUGUGGAAUGGACAGUAUUGUACAUAUUUAAAAAGAAAAAAAGAAACCUUUGGGGACUGGAUGUGUACAUGUAUUUACUUUGAUGUGAACCAUUUUGAUGGCUGUGGUGUCACUCGUCCCCUCCUGAUGUUGAGAUUUCUUGUUUGCCUUUGAAACUUCAGCAGAGCAGUACGUUUAAAAGUUGAAAUCAU